UGAUAUUAUCCAAUAAAUGUGCCCUUUCUUAGUGCCAAAUGUAUACUGUGUGUGUGUCCGAAUUCGGGUCUACUUUUGGUAUUUCGUUUUCUUGACUUCACUGAUCUUUCUUUUGUUUGUGCAGGGAGUAAAACCAGGCAGUUUUGACAAGGUAGCCAUUCCUGAGGUGAAGGAAAUUAUAGAGGGCUGCAUCAGAACAAACAAGGAUGAGAGAUAUGCUAUAAAGAUCUUGCUGAACCAUGCGUUCUUCCAGGAGGACACAGGGGUCAGGGUUGAACUGGCAGAAGAGGAUGAUGGCGAAAUGAUUGCCAUCAAACUCUGGCUCAGGAUAGAAGACGUAAAGAAGCUCAAAGGCAAAUACAAAGACAACGAAGCCAUUGAGUUCUCCUUUGACCUGAUCAAGGACGUCCCUGAAGAUGUGGCGCAGGAAAUGGUUGAGUCUGGCUACGUUGCUGAGGGGGACCAUAAGACCAUGGCCAAGGCCAUCAAGGACCGCGUGUCUCUGAUCCGCCGCAAGAGAGAGCAGAGGCAGCUGGUAAGAGAGGAGCAGGAGAAGAGAAGACUGGAGACUGAGCAACAACAACAACAACAACAACAAAAGCUUCAUCAGCAGCCAGCAGCAGCAGCAGCAACAACAACAACAACUUCAGCAGCAACAACAGCUUCAGCAACAACAGCUACAACAACAACAGCAACAGCAGCAGCAACAAGAGACACUCAAACUUUCCCACACACAGGUAGAAGCGGAGGAGACAGACGUGGAGCAUCAGCAGCUUCACUAUCAGCAGACCGCCAUCUUGCAAGCAUCUGAAGGGGGUCUGGACAGUGGACAGGGCUCCUCAGUUUUCUCCUCUGACACCCCCAACCUGGCUCAGCUGACCAUGUCGUACAGCUGCCCCACCUCCACCCACCCCCC